AUGUGUCUUUUAUGUCAAGUAACUUUGUCACAGUUCAAGGCCAGUAAUCUAAAACGCCAUCAUGACAGUAACCACAGUGGUUUUAAUAAAGAUUUUCCUGUUGGCUCUCAGUUAAGGAAAACCAAACUGAAAUCACUCAAAGAAAAACUUCAUGGCCACAGUAGAGUUAUGUCAAUGUUUACCAAGGAAGCAGAUUUAACAAAUGAAGCUGGCUUCAUCUUGGCAUUUAAUAUUGCAAAAGCAAAAAAGCCUUACACAGAGGGGGAGUUUAUUAAGCAAAACAUGGCUCAAGUUAUUUCUGUUUUAGAACCGGAAAAUAAAAAACUGCAGAAAUUAAUAAACGAAAUGCCUGUUGCUAGCGCACAAUAG